UUUAUGUCUGACUUGUCUGAUGGCCUUUUGCAGGUUGGUGAUGAUGUUACUGUGCUUGAUGCCACUGGAAAAUUUGUCAUGCCAGGUGGAAUUGAUCCUCACACACACCUAGCUUUUGAGUUUAUGGGUACCGAGACAGUUGAUGACUUCUUCAGUGGUCAGGCUGCAGCCUUAGUUGGUGGAACAACAAUGCACAUUGACUUUGUUAUUCCAGUUAGUGGGAGUUUAACAGCAGGUUUUGAAGCCUACGAAAAGAAAGCAAAGAAAUCUUGCAUGGAUUAUGGUUUCCAUAUGGCAAUUACAAAAUGGGAUGAAGUUGUUUCAAAAGAAGUGGAAAUCAUGGUUAAGGAGAAAGGUAUAAACUCUUUCAAGUUCUUCCUGGCCUACAAGGGGGCACUUAUGAUUAAUGAUGAGCUUCUAUUAGAAGGGUUUAAGAAGUGCAAGUCCCUUGGUGCUUUGGCUAUGGUCCAUGCAGAAAAUGGAGAUGCGGUAUAUGAAGGACAGAAAAGAAUGAGUUAUGUGCGCUCAAGCUUUGUAGGGACUUUACACUGUUUCACCAAUUACAUUAAUGCAUUAGGAGGACAAUUAAUUAUAAAUUAUGAGUAUUUCUUGGUGAAGGAGGUGAUCAAGUUCAGACACGGCUGGGACCGUGUUGCAACCGUGUCCCAGGCUUCUCUUGACCAUGGCAAAAAUGAAAAAAAUUUGUUUUUGCCAGACUCCAUGGACACAGACACACUGGGCUUUUCCCUCUUAUCUUUGGAGAAAUUCUCCUUGUAUGAUUUGACCAUAAUAAUACCAGUACAGCUGGAAGCAGAGGCAACUGCUCGAGCAAUUCGUUUGGCAGGUUUUGUGAAUACUCCUCUCUAUGUAGUUCAUGUAAUGAGCAUUGAUGCUAUGGAAGAAAUAGCUACAGCUCGGAGAAAAGGGCAGAGGGUUAUUGGAGAACCAGUAGUUUCUGGGUUAGCCCUUGAUGAAUCUGGGGUUUGGGAUCCUGACUUCGUCACUGCAGCAAAGUUUGUCAUGAGUCCGCCUAUUAGGGCAUCUGGACAUGAUAAGGCCCUUCAAGCUGCCCUUUCAACAGGAAUUCUGCAGCUUGUAGGAACCGAUCAUUGUUCCUUUAAUUCUACACAGAAAGCUGUAGGGAUUGAUGAUUUCCGAAAUAUUCCAAAUGGUGUUAAUGGUAUUGAGGAGAGAAUGCAUAUGGUAUGGGAUAUAAUGGUGGUAAGCUGCAAUGGAUUUCUUGCUCAUUCCUUCAAAAUAAUCAGCUUGAGAGCGAUUCUUCCUGGAUCUGAUGCAGAUAUAAUCAUAUUCAACCCAAACUCAAGCUUUGAAAUAACUGCGAAGUCCCACCACUCUAGAUCAGAUACAAACGUUUAUGAGGGAAGGAGAGGAAAGUUGAUGAUUUUGUUUGUUGCAGAGAAACAAGCCAGGGCUAUGCCUCUUGAAAACUCUCAAACACAAAGUGCAGCAGUGUAUGGUGCUGAUCAAUCCAAUUAUGGCUAUGAUACCUCUCAAACAUAUUAUCAGGAAACUGCGCCAUCACAAAUGCAGCCUAGUGUUCCCAGCAGUCCAUAUGGUGGAAAUUAUCAACCUCCCUCAAGUUCUCCUUAUGGAGCAUACGGAACUCCUGCUCCCUAUCAGCCCCCAAACAUAUUCCUUCCAUCACAGACACCUUCCCAGCCAAAUUUUGCUGCACCUCCCGUUACUGCGCCUGUUGCGAGGCCCUUUAUUCCCACAACUCCUGCUAUGCUGAAAAAUGCAGGGCAAUAUCAGCAGCCCACAUUGGGUUCUCAGUUGUAUCCUGGAACUGCUAACCCUACUUGUAGUUUGUACCAUAUGGGAAUGUUCCAGCUGCCCCUAUUACAUCACAACCAGGCUCAGUUCCUGGCCAUACAUUGCCACAUGUUGUAG